AUGAUCUCUGGGAGAGGAAGCACUGGCACGAGAGGCCGCGUCCGUCCGCCUCGUCGAAUUGCUCGACCAAACGGCAGCGGCGAAGGAGCCGACUUCGAAUCAUGCUGGAAUAUGCUCAAAGAAGCUUUACGCGACAUACACAACAAAAGCUGUGGCCGGCUGUCAUUCGAGGAACUCUACCGAGCCGCCUACAAAAUUGUCCUUAAAAAGAAAGGCGAUAUUCUCUACGAGCGCGUCAAAGAAUUCGAAGAGGACUGGUUUACCAAUAAUGUCAUUCCAAAGAUCAAGGCGCUCUUCACCAAUAGCCUCAUCAAUGUGGGGAUGGAUAGAGGUGGUGCAACAUCCGUGAACGAACGACGCCAAACCGGCGAAAACUUCCUCAAAGGUCUGCGCGAUACCUGGGAGGACCACAACAUGUCGAUGAACAUGACGGCAGACAUCCUCAUGUAUCUAGACCGCGGUUAUAUCCAACAGGAGCUGCAUAGGGUUCCCAUCUUUUCGACCACGAUUGCACUGUUCCGAGACAACAUCCUGCGCUCUUGCCUUAAUAAGGACUCUGAAAGCUUAGUUGUUGAUAUUCUUAUCACAGUCAUGCUGGAUCAAAUUGACAUGGAGCGCGAGGGCGACAUUAUCGACCGGAAUCUUAUCCGCAGCUGCAGCCGCAUGCUCAGUAGCCUGUACGAAGCCGAGGACGAAAACGAAUUGACAAAGCUGUACUUGGUAUUGUUCGAACCGCGCUUUCUCGAAAACAGCCAAGCAUUCUACAGCCGUGAAUGCCAAGAAUUACUGCAAGUGGCAGACUCUUGCAGAUGGCUGAGGCAUGCAAAGAAACGACUGGAGGAAGAGAAAGACCGAUGCGGAACUACGAUUGAACCCGAAACCGAAACGAAAAUCACAUCUGUUAUUGAUCAGCAACUCAUCUUGAAGAAUUUGGAAGAGUUUCUUAACAUGGAUGGUAGUGGCUUACGAUGGAUGAUCGAUAACGAAAAGUCAGAGGAGCUGUCGAUCUUGUACCACCUCGUCGCAAGGGUUGACAAGAACAAGACAUCCUUGCAAAGAAUUUUGCAAAAUCGUGUUGUUGAAAUGGGUCUUGAAAUCGAAAAGACUCUUCAGAACACCGACUUUUCCGUGCCCCCGGCAGGCGAAGAGGGCACAGGUGAGAAGAGUGAGAAACCAAAGGCGCUUACGGCCUCUUUCCAGCAGACUGCGGCAGCGAUCAAGUGGGUUGACGAUGUUCUGGCCCUUCGAGAGAAGUUUGACACAAUGUGCACCAACUGCUUCGAGUCAGAUUUGAUCAUCCAAACAGCUCUUGGCAAGAGCUUCUCCGAGUUUAUCAAUUUAUUCUCGCGAAGUUCUGAAUACGUUUCACUUUUCAUCGACGAGAAUCUGAAGAAAGGCAUCCGUGGCAAAUCGGAAUUGGAAAUCGACGUGGUCCUGGAUAAAGCGGUCGGUCUAAUACGCUAUCUUCAGGAUAAAGACAUGUUUCAGACGUACUACCAGCGCCAUCUUGCCCGACGACUGCUUCACGGCAAGUCGGAGAGCCACGAUGUUGAGAAUCAGCUCAUCUUGAAAAUGAGACAAGAGUUUGGCCAGCAAUUCACCGUGAAGUUGGAGGGCAUGUUUCGAGACUUGGUUACCUCAACAGAGCUUACAGCCUCAUACCGCGACCACGUUCGUACGUCGGGAGAUGGCAGCAGAAAGACCGAGCUGGGUAUUAAUGUAUUGACUAUGAACUGCUGGCCACAAGAAGUGAUGGGUCGCACCGCACAGAUCGGCGAAGGCUCUCGAAUCACUUGCAAUUACCCACCAGAUAUUGCAAGGCUACAAGCGAGCUUUGAGCAAUUCUAUUUGGCAUCCAGAAACGGAAGAAAGCUUACUUGGAUUGGGACGACGGGCAGCGCUGAUGUGCGAUGCACAUUCCCAGCGAUCCCAGGAAAGUCGGGCGGUCUGGCAAAGGAAAGACGUUAUGAGAUCAAUGUGCCAACAUAUGCUAUGGUUGUCAUGAUGCUUUUCAACGAUGUACCCGAUGAUGAACAGCUUUCGUUUGAGGAGAUUCAAGCAAAGACUGCGAUUGCGACAGCCGAUUUAAUGCGAACUCUCACUGCGAUUGCGGUGGCGCCCAAGUCGCGUAUUCUCCUCAAAGACCCGCCAACAAAAUCGGUCAAGCCAUCGGACAAAUUUUCCUUUAAUACACUCUUCCAGAGCAAGACUAUGAGAAUAAAGGCGCCAAUCAUUAAUGCCGUCUCGAAGGUUGAGGAUGCAUCUGAGAGAACAACGACUGAAGAAAAGAACAACGAAACACGGGCACAUAUUAUUGAUGCAGCUAUUGUGCGAAUCAUGAAAUCGCGAAAGGAACUAAGCCACACGUUGCUUGUUAGCGAGGUUUUGGCCCAGUUAGCAGCUCGAUUUAAGCCCGAAGUACCAUUUAUCAAGCGCCGUAUAGAAGACCUGAUUGGUCGGGAAUAUCUCGAGCGGCCGGACGAUGAAGACGCACCAGGCGUGUACCGCUAUGUGGCGUAA